AAACAAGCCGGUGUCAAGAUGACUGAGCGCUUUGAUUGUCACCAUUGCGAAGAGUCUCUCUUUGGCAAGAAGUACAUCCUGCGAGAGGAGGAUCCUUACUGUGUGGCAUGCUUCGAGACCCUCUUUGCCAGCACUUGUGAGGAGUGUGGGAAGCCUAUCGGAUGUGACUGCAAGGAUCUGUCCUACAAGGACCGGCACUGGCAUGACACCUGUUUCCACUGCUCACGGUGCAAGAACUCGCUGGUGGACAAGCCCUUUGCUGCAAAAGCAGAGCAGCUGCUGUGCACCGACUGCUACUCCCAUGAGUACUCAUCUAAGUGCCAUCAGUGCAGGAAGACCAUCAUGCCAGGUACCCGCAAGAUGGAAUACAAGGGCAGUAGCUGGCAUGAGACAUGCUUCAUCUGUCAUCACUGCCAGCAGCCGAUUGGAACCAAGAGCUUCAUCCCAAAAGACAACGAGAACUUCUGUGUGCCCUGCUAUGAGAAACAGUAUGCCCUGCAGUGUGUCCAGUGCAAUAAGCCCAUCACUACUGGCGGCGUCACAUACCGUGAGCAGCCCUGGCACAAGGAGUGCUUCGUUUGCGCGGCCUGCGGGAAGCUGCUCUCAGGUCAGCGCUUCACAUCCCGGGAUGAUUCCGCCUACUGCCUCAACUGCUUCUGCGACCUGCACGCCAAAAAGUGUGCUGGGUGCACCCAUCCCAUCAGCGGACUCGGUGGCACCAAGUACAUCUGCUUUGAGGACCGGCAGUGGCACGACGACUGCUUUAACUGCAAGAAAUGCUCCCUUUCGUUGGUGGGACGGGGCUUCCUCACAGAGCGUGAUGACAUCCUGUGUCCCGACUGUGGCAAGGACAUCUGAGAGUCGAGGCCUGUGAGCAGGCAGGGCCUGGUCCUCUGACUCUGCUCCCGGGUUCGUGACUUGCACUCAAGUCCUUUUCCUCUAGUGCUGUCCCCAGAAAGCACUAGAAAACCCUGCUGUAGGCCUUUAGGCAAGAUGCUGAUUCUAAAUUCUCAUAAUCAACCCAGCAAAACCCUUUCAAAUAUUCUUUCUGAAUGUCUCUCUUCCACUGUGUAUUUAAUUUUUAAGUGCAAUGAACAUGCCAUGAACUUGAAAGGCAAGUGUGGAUGUUGUCAAUUGUGUGACUUCCUGAGAG